AUGUCUCUAUACGGUGACUUGCCGCCUCCAACUCAAAAUGGAACCUCUGAACAAGAAGAGAAGAAUGAGCUUUUAUCGCAGGCACAGGCUUCUGCCUCUUCUAAAGGUCCAACCAAAUCUGCUCUCCCAG